CUCGAGGAGCUCGCCUGGCCGCUCUGCGGGCCAGACUCCGUCGGUUGCGCGGUCGGAAGCCGGAUCGCGGAGCGCACGUCCGACGUGCUCUGCGUGAUGGAUGUGCAGUUCUGUGGCGGAGGCCUGCAACGCGCGGCGCUGCAGGCGGCGGUAAACGCAUCGCUUGCGCAGGGCAGGUGGUGGCCCGGCGGCGGCUUCGGCGGCCUGCGCGAGUCGCGCGUGAGCGUGCGGGAGAGGCUCGCGCGACUGCUGGGGCCGCAGCAGCUGCUGGGGGGGGGCGGCGAGGCCAGCGUGCUCGUGUGCCACAGCCAUCUCAUCCGCCAGCUCUUCAGGGACCUCGCCGCGCCCAGCCUGGCGGAGUCGCGGCCCGGGCUGCUGGGCGAGCUGCGGGGGCGCAAGCUACAGAACUGCGGGGUGGUGAGGGCGGAGGUCAGCGCCGAUGGUCUCCUGACGGAUGCCAGCCUCGUCUUCGGGUCCGAGAUGGUGUGAGGGGCGCAUCCGUAUUUUCCUCCUUCUUCUCCUCCUUCUUCUCCUUCUCCUCCUCCUCC